AUGUUCGCUCGAUACAAGCUCGUAGCGUCAAGUGACCAGGCUUCGGAACAUGGCCCGCUUCCUCCCUCGACGCACAGACGACUCUACCCGACGAUAGCACUUGUAUUGCUUACAGUUGCCAAUGUCUGUGUACUGGGCUUGUCUAUCGCCAUAUGGCGCACUGCGGGUGUGGCCGCCACGGUCACCCCGGAGGUUUCUUCCACACCCAACCCCACCAGCCUUGCAUUGCCCAACGCCCUCGAUCCACAACCCAGCGAACUUGCUAGGGUAGAUUCCCUUCCCAUCGCGUUCGUUCCCUUCCACUGGAAUACGCCAUGGGGUGCGCCCAAUGCUUCGGAUGCUGAUCCGCUGUGGGACAACAUCAACACUGCGCAUGGACAUAUCGCAGUGGACCAUGAGUUCGCAGCGGAAAAUCACUGGCCUCCUUCUAUGGACAUACCUGGAAUGCCUGGCAAAGGGAUGUAUCUUCUCCAAGCCUACCAUCAGCUUCACUGCCUCCGCAUUGUUCGCGCCUCGUAUGUAGCCCUACACCGCCAAGAGGUACCUCCCUUUCCCACGCAUCACGCCUUGCAUUGUUUUGACGCCCUCCGUCAACACAUUAUGUGUCAUGCGGAUAAUACUCCGCUCUAUGGGCACGGUGAUGGCAUGGCUGGCAACGGACAGAUGCACCAAUGUAGGGACUGGACCUCGCUUAGAGAUUAUGCAACGAAGAACACUGCAUGUUUCCGCGAUGGUGUACCUGGCAUGAGUUUGGCGGAUCAUUUUGGUGUUUGCGAUGACGGAACUGAUGGCCUGGAGGAGCUGAUUUCAGUAACGACAGAGACAUAG